CAAAGGUGUAUUUAAAGAUCCCUCUGCCGGCCUGCCGGACAACUACCAACCAACCGGGUAACCAGAGCAGACUCCAAGGACAAUGGCUGAUAAGGCUGCAGCCCAAAGUUCCAACCCUCUUGAGGACCUGGUGACCCGCCUGAAGCCUGACAAGAUGAGUGGCCGCAUGAUGAAGUACCCCUACACUUUCUCUGCCAAGAUUGCCCAGUUCCCCUGGGGACACUACACAAAAAACGUGUGGCUCUUCAAGUACUAUGGGAUUGGCGUUGGACUUUGCAUUCCCGUCUUCAUGUGGAUCCAGAAGAUGACAAAUUCUCCUGAGAAUGUAGCCAAAUUUGAGGCUAAGAAAAAGGCCGAAGCUGAACACCAUUAAUAGGGGAAUUGCGGCUUGAUGACCUGAUCGGACAUCACCUUGUUCAUUCUUGUACAUUACAUGAAAUUAAACUUUAGUUUGUA